GCAAAUUACUUCCCACUGGAUAUAAAGUGCACUAUGAUUUCACACAAGUACACAAGUGCACUUGGGUAGGGAGAAGGCAGCCGUUUAGGUUUCGGCCAAGUGAAUGUUAUUUGACUGCCUAUUAAACGGAGAGUGAAUAGUUGAAGCUACAUUAAAUAAGCUUAAUGUUAAAAUUCCAGAUUUAGUGCCGUGUGUCUCGGUGCCUUGGACCAUGAGAGUGAAGGUUAUUUCCAUUUUGGAGGACAACUACAUGUACUUGGUAAUAGAUGAACAAAGUAAAGAAGCCAUUGCUGUAGAUCCUGCUGUACCUCACAGGCUGCUUGAGAUAAUAAAAAGAGAAGGAGUGAGACUCACAUCUAUACUAACUACUCACCAUCACUGGGACCAUGCACGGGGCAAUGAGGCUCUGCUAAAGGACCUCCCUGAAUUACAAGUGUACGGAGGAGACGAACGCAUCACAGGACUGACCCACAAAGUUACUAAUGGCCAGGAGCUCAAGUUUAACACUAUAAAUGUGAGGUGCCUCUUCACACCAUGCCAUACUUCUGGACACAUGUGCUACUUCCUGUGGGAAGACAACUGCCCUGAUUCCCCUGCGGUGUUCACUGGGGACACGCUGUUUGUCGGUGGUUGUGGGAAAUUCUUCGAGGGAAGUGCAGAGCAGAUGUACCACAACCUGAUGGAGGUGCUGGGAACCCUGCCUCAAGACACUAAAGUCUUCUGUGGUCAUGAAUACACAAUAAAAAACUUGAAGUUUGCAAUGCUUGUAGAACCAGAGAACGAGAAGGUGAAGGAGAAGCUCAGCUGGGCUCGGGAGAGAGACGACGACGACAAGCCGACAGUACCGUCAACGUUAUCGGAGGAAUUUGAAUACAAUCCGUUCCUCCGUCUCUCUGAGGAGAGCGUGCAGAAGUUCACAGGGAAGUCAGACCCUAUCGAGGUUCUCCGUGUGCUACGAAAAGAGAAGGACAACUUCAAGAAGCCCAAAGAGCGUUUACCUCCGCAUGCUCUGCUCGCUCUGGAAUGGGGUCUGUUCAGACCAAAACUCACUUAAACACAUCAUUGGACUAAUGCACUGCACCCUGACCAUGCUUAGAGUGCCACUGUUUAUUGCUGAAGUAACGCCAUUCCGAAGGAACGUGAUUAUAACUUUAACCUGCUGCUUCGUUUGCUUGGUUUAUGCAUAAAUUAUCUUUUCACACUGAAGAGGCAUUUAUUUGAAUGUGCUUGAUUUCUGCUUGUUUAUGCACAUUUGCACUAAUUACCUGAACGAUACUGUAAAUAACAUAAUUAUUUUUUACGUUUUAUGCAUGCAUGCAUUUAAAGGGCAUUUUUUUUGGUUUAACAAAAAGAUGAUUACUCUCCAUGGAUUGAAUAUUCAGUCAAUAAAGCUGCAAUUAUAUAGAAUAUUCUUUUUAUUGAGAAACAUUCAGUAAUAUAGAUUUCCUAAAUAAAUAUUAAAAGAUUAAGUAACUUUAUACAUAUGAUCAAUUGAUAUUUACACAGUUUCUGAACAGCCACAAUUCCAUCUAGACAAUUAUUUUUCAUAUGUACUGUAUAUUACAGGGAAUAUACCAUCUCACUGUGUGAUGUGCAAGUCAAGAGCAAUGGAACAGGAAAUACAUUCCCCCAGAGGAAUAAUGAGCUUUCUGAUUGCUGGUACAGGGAUCACAUCCUACAAAUAACAGAUAAAAUUAAUUAAAGCACAAUUUAUUGGUCACUAAAGCAUGGAUUAGGUCAAACCUAAAAUAAUUACCAAUAUAUAAAUUGUAUACAUUUUGUGCUGCUUUCAAUGUCUUCGAUGUUUAGGCACAUGAAGGGCUCAGUGAACUGCAAGUGGAGAAAACUUGCUGAGCAUACAAACACUGUGCAUCCUGUGAUAUGUUUUUUUUUUGUUGUUUUUUUUUUUUUAUA